AUGAACAUAGAGGAAAGAAAACGGUACGAUCGUCAAGUUCGUUUGUGGGGUAAGGCCACACAAGAACAACUACGGCAAACAGAGGUAUAUGUUAAUGGGAUAACUUCUGCCACUGCAGAAAUAACAAAAAAUCUAGUUUUGGCUGGUGUUUGUAGAGUAGUUGUAAACGAUGAGUCUAAUAUUGAGGAUGGUGAUGUAAGUACUAGUUUUCUAGUACAGAAUUGGACUAAAGGUGAGACAAGGGGCGAAGUAUCUGUUAGACGACUCGGGGCAUUAAAUCCCUAUGUUGAUGUUUCUCUGGCAACACAAAUAAAACAUAAGGAGAUGCUUUCAACUCAAACCUCAUUCAUCGUAAGUGUCUCUUACAUUCAAGGGAGUAAUGAAGCUCUUUGGGAAUAUAGCUGCGCUCAGCAAAAUGUUUUGGCUGAUCUCUUAGUUUUUGUGAUAGAACUUGGACACAUAACGAUGGGUCUGUUUUUAUCAAAAAAGCAAAAACUCCCGUAUAAGGAACAACUAGAUUUAUUACUCACAAAAAAUACUUCCCUGAGACCUACUCUUUUUCAGUUAUCACUACUUUUAAUGAGAAUGGAAGAAUGUCAUAAAGAAGCAACUUACUUUGAACGACUUGUUUUUGCGAGAGAUAUCAUAAUAAAGUAUGGUCUUUCUCAAUUAAAACGUGAAGAUAUAGAAUAUGCUGUUGGAUUCACUCCAAAACAUCAUUCUGUAAAUGCAAUUGAUGCAACUGUUGCAGGGGGGAUAUUCGCUCAACUAAUUAUAGGUAAACUUAGUUCUGGAAAUAAAGAAGAAGAAGGGAAUGAAGGUUAUGCUUGGGCGAUAUGCGAUAAUAGCUGUGGUACAAAUGUGCAGGUUGGACCUCUGUUUGUUCCCUAG